AUGGUAAAAAGUGGUGGUCGAUUCAGAUGGACAAGACGUCGAACGCUGGUGCUCGUCGUGCUUAAUGUGCUGCUGCUACCGCUUGAUUUUGUCACUAAUGCCCGAGCAUCUGUGUCACCCACCUACUCAUCCUUUAUGACCCAGUCGCCAGACGUUGUAAUUGCUGGUGGGUUGGACGGUCGUGUGUAUGCUUUCAAUGCUUGGUCAGGCGAAGUCUUAUGGUCUUUCGACUCAGGUGGUCCAAUGGUUGAUACUUCGCAGUGUCCAGGUCUGACUCCCACCAAAACUACAGAAUCACCACUUAGCUACCACACAACAGCAGCAAAGCCGCGUGAUAGGAAAGAAGAGAAUUUGAAUGUCGAAGGAAGCGUUCACAUUGCAGCGGCAAAUUUAGAGACCAAAGAAGUAACAGGUCGCCACAUGAUUCAAGAGCGUCUGAGAUCUGCACAAGCAAUAGCAGCUGGGACAGCGUUCAUCUCACAGUUAGUACCUUCUUACGAUGGCAGAUUGUACCAUUUUUCGAAGGCUAAAGUGAAGGAGCUUGGGAUGACAAUGGCUGACAUUAUGCGAACAAAUGGCCCUGUGCACGUUGCUGUGGAUCGUGAUAAUGAUUUGAUCGAUGAACCAUCCGCUGCAGGGAUCUUGUUGUUUGGUGAGAAAAAAAUGGAAAUGUUUACAUUGGAUGCUGUGAGUGGCUAUCGAAGCCCGUUUGUGUCGUCAGUACCUUCGUCUGAGGCGGCAAGAACGAUUUUAUUUGGCCGCUCUCAAUUUUUCACACGAGCAGUCAAUUAUCAAAACUCGUCAAUUGCUCGCUGUUUUAAAAUUUCAGAGUACUUUUUUGACAUUGUGCAAACAGCCCAUUGUUUUGUCGAGGAUGGUGAACACAACGUGGUGCCAGAAAUAUUUGUAAUGCCAAGAGACAUAAGCUCGGAAGGAUCGACUAUUGUGGCAUCUGAUCCGUGGACAAAAGAGGUACUUUGGGAAUUUGAAAUUCCGGACUUUGAUGUCCUCGCUGUGCAUGGAGUGUCGACUUCACAUGGAACGACAUUUUACAAAUGGAAAGUUGAUGGUCCGUCGACAACUGCAUCGCGUCUACCAAACGCACGUCAAGAUCAGCAUCAAAUUGACACUGAUCACUUCGCGGACAAAGCAGUUGUUGAAAGGCGGGAGCAGGGCACGCAGAAGCUCAAAGGCGAGAAGCAACUUGUUCCUGUGAUUCGACGCUCAUGGAAUGCAAUAGAGUCGAAAUUUAGGCUGCGAUUACUGGGUGAUAAUUAUUUUCUUGAGUCUAGCAAGGACGACCGUGUGGUGGACUUUGGUAGAAGUCAGAAUCAACGUCGAUCGCCUACAUUCCAUGGGCGACAGCCAGAUGAUGUUCAUGACUUGAGUGAAGACACGGAUUUUAAUCGUCGUCGGGGUAUUCUUUGGGAGCCUAUCGUGAACGAUGGCGAGCGAGGAGUGUUUAUAACGUACACACACGUUGGGGCAAUGCUGCUGGGCGUCGCAACCUGUGGGAUGUUGCUAGCCUGGGGCUGUUACGCCAAGGGAUUAUCAGCUUCGCUGGCGCAGACUGCUAUUCAAACCAUGGACCGUAGCCAGUUCUUCAAAUCACAUGUACAUCGACUUGUGAUUCAGCGUCCAGGAAAGGACGACAUAACCAUUUCAAGUGUAAUCAGUAGCUCGCUUAUAAAUGCGCUUAAUUUGGAUGGUCAAGUACCACAGCCUUUGAAUAUUUUAUCGACGGAAGUAAACGCUGUUGUUGACCCUGAAAUUGAAGCGAUGCUGAUGAUGAAAUUUUCUCGUCUCGCCGCUACAGAAGCAGCUGCGAUAGUUGUCAAGAAUGGCCACAUAAGUGCAACGCAGAAAUUUUUAGAAUGUGAUUCGGAUUUUGAAUCUGCAGCAAAAACGAUCACGUCUUCAUCUUCUGCGUCAUCCAUGACAAACAUGACUGUCAGAGAUUCAUCAAUGUCAUCGUCAAAUGUGCAAAUACCCAGUCCAGGGCCUGCACUCGCGGUUGCGAAGAGACUAUCUUUUGAUUACACAGAGGAAAAUUCUUUGUCGGCUGAAAACAUUCGAGGCGUAUACGCACUAAAAGUGCUUCAUCAUGAGCGCAAAAAUUGCGAACAGGUUAUUUCUUCUGCAUUCGAAAGUGUGAUUGACCAUGAGCGGUUCGAGUUUGCAGAUUCGGAAGACGAUAUCUCCCUUGUGGAUGAUGACUUGGCAACAAACGGAGCAAAAUCAAUAAGUUCCUUUGAAGAGUCAACGACGGGAAGCUGCUGCAGCAAUAGUGACAGCUGCACUAGCCACACCAAGGAAAAGCUGAAAGGUAGGGAUGGCAUGGAAGAUGUAAUCAAUACGGAUGGAAAUCUGAACGAAGAAAAAUCCAGUGACCAUGAUUCAUCUGAAGCUUCCUCAUCUGGUUCUGCUACUUCGGUAAAUGAGGAGGAAGUUUUGUUCCCGUUUGUUUGUCAGAGCCGUUUUGCUAACGAGUUUCACGAGAUAUCGGCACUAGGCAAGGGUGGAUUUGGUCAGGUUAUGCUUGCGGAGAAUCGCUUGGAUGGACGUCAAUAUGCAAUCAAACGAGUUGGAUUAAACCUCAAAAACCAGACAUCAAAGACAUUACAGAAAUUUUUGCGCGAGGUGAAAAUUUUGGCUUUGUUAGAUCACUCUAACAUUGUACGAUAUUAUCAGGCAUGGCUGGAAAAGGUGGAAGAAGGGACACAAAGUGUACCAGAAGCACUGCCUUCAUCUUCUUCAACUGUUACCUCGGUACUAGGGCCUCGUGAUCCAAAACACUACCUGAUAAGUAAUUUGCUUGCACCUAUCUCAAAACUCGAGUUUUCUGAAAAUCAGCGACUGUUAAAGACAUUUUACAGCAAUGAAAGUGUCAUAAGUGACCAUGACGAUGGAUUUGAUUGGGACCGAGGGUCGUCUUCUGGUGUGAAUGAUAAUGGAUGGAAAGAAGAAGACUUGGUUGUUCGAAACAGGCCACACAAAAAAGGUCUUGUUUCUCAGGCAUCGAUAUCUCGUCCACCAGCUUCUUACCACGGUAACGAAGACGAUUCUUCAUUGAGUGCAGCAGAUACAUGCGAUCACUGGCUAUAUAUUCAGAUGCAGUAUUGUGCAGGCCGAAAUUUGGCCGACUACCUUGCUGUACCGACCCGUCCAAUGGAGUUGUCUAGAAUGCUGAAGAUUUUUGUACAAAUUGCAAGUGCACUAGCCCAUGUUCAUUCUUGCGGGCUGAUCCAUCGAGAUCUCAAACCUGCAAAUAUCUUUGUUGCUGAUGUCGAGAGGGAUGAGAUCAAGCUUGGGGAUUUUGGUUUAUCGCGCUAUGCUGCUAACGUCAACAACCUGAACGCAUCAGCAUCCGUCGAUGAUGGUAAUCAGGGUUCCUCAUGUACUGGUGGGCUUCGGGAAACUGCUUUACCGACGUCGUUGUGGUCGAACAUCUCAGAGAGCAAUGAAGUCACAGCGGGCGUUGGCACCUAUCUGUACGCAAGCCCUGAACAAGUUGCUGGCAAAAAAUACAAUGCCAAGACAGACAUGUACUCUCUCGGAAUGAUUCUCUUUGAGUUGUGUCACGAAAAAUUUGGGACUACAAUGGAGCGGUAUAUCACGCUUCGCGAUGCUCGAGAAAGCAAGUUCUCUACUGGUCUUCGUGCAGCAAAGAGAUGUCCUGAGAUUCUGGAUAUGCUCCGUUUGCUAUUAAGCCAUGAUCCAACCACUCGACCAACUGCCGAUGAAGUGGUUUUGUGGGGACAAAUGAUGUAUGAAACAAGUCUUGCUCAAAAAGCGAUGGACAUUGUUCGCUCGCCGCGCAAUCUGGAUGUGGUUAGAGCUGCAGCUGCGGCGCAUCUUUUACCGAGUAUAGAUCACUUAAUGACUGGUGCUCAUAUGGACUCAACAACAUUUUCGAUUAAGGUCGAAGCUGUGAUCGAUCAUUGCAGUGGCGAGGACGGUGGUGAGCGCCGCUUGCCCAAUCAUAAUUUAUUGAAGCAGGUGUGCGAUGUCAUUGCUGGCGUAAGCGACGGCAAGGUGGAGAUCAAAAAGUGUGGACUGCACAUGGAGAGUGAGGGCGUGACAAUUCUCGAAUUCGAGCUCAAUCCACAAGCUGCACUUGCGGAUGCCCCUGAUUCAGAUGUGGAAGGUUCCGUGGUAGUGGCGAUCGAGGCUCUCUCAGGAGUGCAGAUCGUGCAUCGUGUGAGCAAAAUCGAAUGA